GCCAAAUCUCUACCCGUGCUAUCUAUAAAAAGUAAUGUGAAAUGGAUUUCUCGGCAGAAAGGCGACAUAUUUAGUAAAAUGCGACGAGGGUGUUUUUGUCACUUUGGUUUAUAAAUAGCGGCGGAGGCGGAGUGCCUCGGAUUAGUUUGGCGCGGGUGGUGCUCCGGCGGAGAAAGAUUUGGAUGAGUGGAACAAGUGGAGGAUCGGUUUCUUGAUCUUUUCCUUUUUUGUUGAUAUUUUGAGUUGAAGAUGCAGUAGAUUUAGGAGUGUCUUUUUCAUUCGAGAUUAAUUUAUGGGGGAUUUAGGAGAGCAGAGGAGGAAGAUGAUCUACGGAUCUCCUCGGCCGGUGGAAAAAGAGGAAUCUGAUUCCGAGCUCCACUUUUACCAGCAAGAUCAGAACCUGCAAUUGAACUCCGGCCUGCUCCGUUUCCGUUCGGCUCCGAGCUCUCUUUUCAGAGAGCUCGCCGGCGGCGCUAGUUCCCAGUUCCAGCCGCCGGAGUUUGUGUCUUCUUCUCCGGCCAUGGUUUACCAUCACCACUUACUGAACCAUGGCUUGGCGCAGAGAUCCAACCACAAGGAGAUGCAGCAGCAGCUUGAAAUCGGCGGCGGGAGGAAAUCUACCAAUCUGAGCAAUCUCGCGCGGCAGAGCAGCACUCCCGCCGGUUUUUUCUCUCACUUCAAUUCCGACAACGGUUAUGCUCUGAUGAGAGAUCUGAGUGAAGGUUUCAGAAACGGCGAACUCGGUCUCAAGAACCAGAUGAGCUUCUCCUCCAGGCAAAGCUCGCUGAUGUCGCAGAUAUCGGAGAUGGGGGACGAGGAACUGGGCGGAAGCAGUCCCGACGAGAGUAGCCAGCGUUACGCCGCCGGAGUUCCGAUGACAUCUUGGGCCGAAGCCUCGUUGCUCGCCGGCAACAAUCCGUCAGGAACAGGAAACAGAGAGGAGGAAGGGAAGGUAGUGGAACUGAGGAACUAUGUUGCAGGCCUCACACACCAGCUCAGCUUGCCAAAGCCCGCCGCAGAAAUGGCCGCCAUGGAAAAACUCAUCCAGUUCCAGGACGCAGUCCCCUGCCGGAUCAGAGCCAAGCGGGGUUGCGCAACGCACCCCCGAAGCAUCGCAGAGAGGGUGAGGAGGACCAAAAUCAGCGAAAGGAUGCGGAAAUUGCAGGAACUGGUUCCCAACAUGGACAAGCAAACCAACACAGCAGACAUGCUGGACUUGGCCGUCGAGUACAUUAAGGAUCUCCAGAGACAAGUCGAUGUAAUUCAAUCUAAUCACUAUCUCAAUUCUCAUGCUUUGGUCGUCUCCUCGAACCUUCAUUUGAUUCAUGCAUGUUUUGUUCCCGUUCAAGGUCUUAAAGGAAGGCCAAGCAAGCUGCCCCUGCUCGUCUAGCAAGCUGCAGAAGCCUUACCACAACUCAUGAUUGGGGGAUAUUUACUUUUAAGUUCAAGUAGUUCUUAAUUAGGAAUGCGGAGCAGCUGUAUCCAACGAAGAAGAUGGUGGAUGCAGAGCCACCCACCGUCGCCGUCGUCAUCGUCGUGGUGGUCAAUUGGUCAUCAUCAGCCUCACCACUCACGGCGGUCGAUUUGCCCUCGGGAUGCCAGCGAGUUUCCUUCGCCAGACGGCAGAAGUGAAUGGGCACUGCGGCGACAGCGAGGAGAUCGAUUGAGGCGUGAAAGUGUCCUGUCACAUGAGAUUAGUUUGCAGAACUGUGGAUUGCCGACAACUACGUGCAGCAGCAUCGCUGAUGCUGCUGCUGCUGAUGAUGAUCAGGAAUAUAAUUCGAUUAAUUGGAAUCUUGUAACCGAUAACGAAUUCAUUGGAAAUUAGUUUACAGAAUUUUUUUUCUCAA